GGAAACCCCGUACUGACUGUGAAGGGACCCAAGAUGGCUGAAUACUCACGGGGGGACCAGUUAGCAAUUAUCUGAGCAAGAGGUCGCGAAUGAAUGGCAAAUAGCGUUGUAACGCAAAGCGUAACAUUGGAGUAAUUAUACGCGAACAGUUUGUUGGUUUGCAUAAUUUUUGGGAAUGCACGAAAACCAGUAUGGAGAGAGCGGUCUCUCCGCGGCCCCGAGCCAGAACAUGGCGGAACACUUGGGGCAGAAAUAGCGGCUAACGCUAGCUAGCUGGCCUAUUAUUCGGACACAAUUAGCAACAUAGGUCCGGGGAUUAACGCGGCGUGUGCGGUCCGCAGGUGUGAAAUAGUGUUGUCGGUGCACGGGUCUGGUCAUUUUACUUCAUACGGUCGUUUUGAACAUGUGGAGCGUAGACCGCUAGCGUACUAGCUAACCAGUUAACUCGCUAGGUUUGCUAGCUAGCGUAACUGGCUAACGUUGCCCUCAAGCGUACAGACUGUACUAUUAAGCAGGCGGACUGUUUUGGGAGCCAGCGGUCGUGGCUCUCGGGCUCAUUCCAAAUACUCCCCGCUGCACUGUGCGUUGGGACUUUGUGAUGUCUGCCAGCUCUUGUUUUGGCAAAUAUACACUUUAGCAAACGCCACUGCCCUCCACACUGUAAGAGUAGCCCGUCGCUAGCUUGCUACAAUGGUCUGCGAGCCGAUUCUGUGCGGCGCGUUGUUUGUAACGCGGGCGAGAUAAGUUGUUUUUUUUUGAGACGGCACGUCAAGAAUAAUCGGACACUGUAGUGGUGUCUGCGGAAUCGAACUCUUCCGUGGAUACUCGUCCAGGUGUUCCACGUUGCGGUGCAUCAAAGAAGCGUUAGCCCGGCUGACCACUGUGAAGUCGGCACCGCAUCGUAGAGGUGAACCGUUGUAAAAAAAAAAAAAAAACUAAAAAAACAACAACCAGGUGAUCUGAAGUUGUGGCGUUACCAGGUGAGGCAGACACCCGGUAGAAAGCCAAGAAAGGUCCAGGAGAGGGGGCAGAGGGCUGCCAUCACCUGGCAGGAUGACGGACACUCGCAGACGAGUCAAAGUGUACACCCUCAACGAGGACCGACAGUGGGACGACCGUGGCACCGGACACGUCUCCUCGGCGUAUGUGGAGCGCUUGAAAGGCACAUCUCUCCUGGUGCGAGCGGAGAGUGAUGGGUCCUUAUUGCUGGAGUCCAAGAUCAACCCGAACACCGCCUACCAGAAACAGCAGGAUACAUUGAUAGUAUGGUCAGAGGCGGAGAAUUACGAUCUGGCACUCAGCUUCCAAGAGAAGGCUGGCUGUGAUGAAAUCUGGGAGAAAAUAUGCCAGGUGCAGGGGAAGGACCCGUCAGUGGACAUCACCCAGGAUGUGGUGGAUGAGUCUGAGGAGGAGCGCUUUGAUGACAUGUCAUCGCCAGGUCUGGAGUUGCCACCGUGCGAACUCAACCGCUUGGAGGACCUGGCUGAGAUGGUGGCCUCCUCACUCCCGUCUCCACUGCGGCGCGAGAAACUGGCACUAGCCGUGGAGAACGAGGGCUACAUUCGCAAGCUCCUGGAACUGUUCCGCUUGUGCGAGGAUUUAGAGAAUCGAGAAGGACUACACCACAUAUACGAGAUCAUUAAAGGCAUCUUCCUGCUCAAUCGCACGGCACUCUUCGAGGUCAUGUUCUCUGAGGAGUGCAUCAUGGACGUCAUUGGUUGUCUGGAGUUUGACCCUUCCCUCCCACAGCCACGGCGGCAUCGGGAGUUUCUCACCAAGACGGCCCGCUUUAAGGAGGUGAUCCCCAUCUCUGAUCCUGAACUGCGUCAGAAAAUACACCAGACAUAUCGGGUGCAGUACAUUCAGGACAUGGUGCUGCCCACGCCCUCUGUUUUCGAGGAAAACAUGCUGUCCACCCUGCACUCCUUCAUCUUCUUCAACAAGGUGGAGAUUGUGGGCAUGCUACAGGACGACGAGAAGUUCCUGACAGACCUCUUUGCACAGCUAACAGAUGAGGCCACUGACGACGACAAAAGACACGAACUGGUGAAUUUCCUAAAGGAGUUCUGUGCAUUCUCACAAACGUUACAACCUCAAAACAGAGACGCCUUCUUCAAGACAUUGUCAAACAUGGGCAUUUUACCUGCACUAGAGGUCAUACUGGGAAUGGAUGACGUUCAGGUGCGUGGGGCAGCCACUGAUAUCUUCUCUUAUCUGGUGGAGUACAACCCCUCCAUGGUACGAGAGUUCGUCAUGCAGGAGUCUCAGCAGAACGAUGAUGACAUCCUCCUUAUCAACCUGAUCAUAGAACACAUGAUCUGUGAUACGGACCCAGAACUAGGUGGGGCAGUGCAGCUGAUGGGCCUGCUGCGGACGCUGGUUGACCCCGAGAACAUGCUGGCUACUGCUAAUAAAACGGAAAAGACUGAGUUCCUGAGCUUCUUCUACAAGCACUGUAUGCACGUCCUCUCAGCUCCACUACUGGCCAACACCACAGAGGAAAAACCUAGCAAAGAUGAUUUUCAAACCUCCCAGUUGCUGGCCUUGAUUUUGGAGCUGCUGACGUUCUGUGUCGAACACCACACCUAUCACAUCAAGAAUUAUAUCAUCAACAAGGACAUUCUUAGGCGGGUCCUGGUGCUCACUGCCUCUCAGCACGCGUUCCUGGCCCUAUGUGCCCUGCGCUUCAUGCGGAGGAUCAUUGGUCUGAAGGAUGAAUUCUACAAUCGCUACAUCAUGAGGAACUUUCUUUUUGAGCCUGUCAUCAAGGCCUUCCUCAACAACGGCUCCCGCUACAAUCUCAUGAACUCGGCCAUCAUUGAGAUGUUUGAGUAUGUCCGUGUGGAGGAUGUGAAGUCUCUCACGGCUCAUAUAGUUGAAAAUUACUGGAAGGCUCUGGAAGAUGUCGACUAUGUCCAGACGUUCAAGGGCCUAAAGCUACGGUAUGAGCAGCAGCGAGAGAGGCAAGACAACCCCAAACUGGAUAGCAUGCGCUCCAUCCUGAGGAACCACCGCUUCCGACGUGACGCUCGGACGCUGGAGGACGAAGAGGAGAUGUGGUUCAACACAGACGAGGACGACCUCGAGGACAGCGAGGCAGUGGUCCCUCCGUCUGACAAGAUGAAGAGCGAGGAGGACCUCAUGGAACCCAUAAGCAAAUUCAUGGAGAGAAAAAAAUUGAAAGACCCAGAGGACAAAGAAGUACUGGGGAAGUCCAGCCUGUCGGGCAGACAGAACCCCAGCUUCAAACUGUCCUUCUCCGGCUCCAAUAAAACCAGCCUGUCCAGCCCCCCUUCCUCCGCCUCGCUGAACCCAGGUUCUCCGGGUUCACCGGGGUCUCCGGGCUCGGUGGCACGGAGCUCACCAACCACCACGACCGUAACCACAAAGGGAGGUUUAGUGGGACUGGUAGACUAUCCCGACGAUGACGACGACGAGGAAGAAGAGGAGGAGGAGGAUGGGGAGAGUAAAGAGGACCUCCUGCCACCGUCGAAGAAGUCCAAACUGAGCUCCUAAAGAAGCGUCGCUGUCUCAGCUCGUGCGCCGCUGGGACAGUUUCAGUGCUUAGACUUCACACGAGAAUGAUCAAAACUUGUAAACAAAAUUGAAUGAACGAAAGCCGCCCCCCCUCUCCGUUGGCGGGCUGCCCACCGAGGAGCAGACUGAACAGAUUCGAAGCCUCCUCGGACUAACUCGUUCAAACAAGUGCCAAUCGGGAGACCGGGAUCGGGAAAAAUGUCUGAAAAGUGGAACAGACAAAAUGAAAGUUGGGAGGUGGGGGGAGGGGGGUCUCUCAAAAGAAUCUUCAGCAGACUCAAACAGUAUGACACAGGUUGGAGUUUGAUAAUUUUUUCGCAACCGGAGGAAAAGACCACAUACGAAAAACAUGUACAAGCAAACUGAAACCCCAGAGAGCUCGCGGGCUCGGACCAUAACCCUCUGCCCCCCCGCCCCCCACUCAGGGAAGGACAUCACAGCGGCCCAGAUGGGUCGGCCAAUUCAGACCCAGAACCACAACUCGCGCCCCAACCCCCCCCCCCCCCCCCCAGAAUCCUUUCUUCUUUUAUCACUCUCUUUGUCUGUUGCUUUUUGUCCCCCUCCCCUUUUUUAAGUUAGUAUAUAGGACCAGACGGGAGGCAGCAUGUGGCAAAGAGCUGUCCUUGUUGUCGUUUGAUGAUGUCAUCCGUGUCGUCGUUCUUCAGCGGACGUUCUUUCUGAUGAGAAAAAAAAAAGCCAGCAGUUUCUUCAUUAUUUUCUCUAAUUUUUUUCCUUUUUAUUUUCAAUAUUUGUCGAAGUCCUUUCUCAUGUUUUUUGUAAAUGACAACAAAAAAGACCUGCCUUUAAAUGUUCAGGACGUUUUCAGUCACACUUGAACAGGUUUUUAAAGACCUCAGUAGGUUGAGCUAGUUUUACCCUUUUUGCCCUUUGAAACUGCAGAUUUUUUGGAGAAUUUGUAAUCCCGUCUUGAUUAAAGAUUGAGUGGAAUUCUA